AUGGCUGCUAGUGCACCACGGUUUUCUAAGCCGCCAGCCAUUCGACAAAUACCAGAUGAUCCUACAAAACUUUUCCUCGAAUGUCAAGUGCAAGGUACGCCCAAACCCGAAGUAACCUGGUCUCAUAAUGAUAAUAAGCUUUCAAAUACACCAAAUAAACACAAACAAACAAUACAAGUUGCAAUAGGAAAUAAUUAUAAAGUUACACUUGAAAUUUCUAAUCUUGCUGUCACUGAUACUGGUACAUACAAGAUUAUUGCCAAGAAUAGAGUCGGUGAAAUAACAGCUGAUGUUAAUUUAAAUCUUUCAAAUGAAGAUGAUACUGAACCUACAUCUGAAACCGAAAAUUCGGCUGAAGGUAGUACACCAGUAUUUGUUCAGAAACCUACUAUACGACAAGAAAAUGAUGGAAAACGUUUAAUAUUCGAAUGUAAAAUAUCCGCAGAGCCUAAACCAGAAUUAUUUUGGUCGCACGAUGAUAUACCAUUACAAGAUUCUGGUCGUUAUUUGAUUUAUUGUGAUGCGUUACCAAAUAAUACAUAUGUUGCAUGUCUCGAAAUCGACGAUGUUAAUUCAUCCGAUGGUGGAAAAUAUAAAGUUCUAGCAAAAAACAAAUUAGGAGAAAGCAAUGCUCAUAUUGUCUUAAAUCUUGAUGGUCCGGAUCAAAGUAGUGGUGGUCGACCAACAUUUACUCAAACACCAGAAGUUCGUAUGUUUGAAGAAUCAGCACUUUUGCAAUGUCAGUGUACAGCUGAUCCUGUACCAAAUUUUACAUGGACACUUGAUGGAAAACCUAUUGCUCUCGGAACAAAAUAUAAACAAGGAAUCUUAACAGAAGGAAAUACACAUCGGAUUUCUCUUGAAGUUUUUCAACUAGCAAAGAAAGAUUCAGGAGCAUAUAAAGUUACGGCAAAAAAUGCAAAAGGCGAUGGAACAGCCAAUAUUCAAUUGAACAUUGAAGGAGUUGAUUUCAAACUACCCGAUGGUCUUGCACCGUCAUUUCUCAAUAAGCCAAUCAUUAAACAAGAUGCUAAAACUGCUACUAUUCAAAUCGAUAUUGCUGCUGAUCCAAAUCCAUCAUUAUUUUGGACGAAAGAUGGAAAAGAUCUAAUGAAUGUUGGCAAAUAUAUUACUCGUAUCGAUCGAAAAGGAGGAAAUAAAUAUAGUAUUUUUCUUGAUAUCAAGAAUUUAGCUUCAUCUGAUAGUGGCCUAUACAAAUUUACAAUAUCAAAUGAAGUUGGUACAGCUACUGCUAAUGUUACUAUCAAAAUUGCUGGUGAUAAAGCUAGUUUAGAACAAACAGAUAAAUUAGCACCAUCACUUGAAAAAGCAAAAGUGACAAAAGAUGCCAAACAAAAAUCAAUUAAAGUUGAAUAUCGUUGUAAAGGAAAACAAGAACCAAAAGUAACAUGGAAAAAAAGUAAAACUGAAAUAAAAGAUACGCCAAACAAAUAUAAGAUCAGUAAAAAGAAAGAAACCGAUGAUACAUAUGUUUUUACGCUUGAUAUUCUUAAUGCUACUCCAGCCGAUAGUGGUGUUUAUAAAAUUUUAGCUAAAAAUGAUGCUGGAGAUGCUCAAGCAUUAGUUAAUCUAAAUGUCGACGCAGAAGAACAACCACAGGAAGAACUAGAACCAAGUGAAACACCACAAAAGAAACCAAUAGUCGAGCAACCAAAAGCACCCGAAACCCCAAUACCUACCAUAGCAGCUCCAUUUGAAUAUAUUGCCGAUGAUAGGGAUCGUGUUAUACCAACAAUUCAAACUGAUGAACCAUUAUAUGAAGAAGCUGGCCCACGUCGUGCUGCAACUACUAAUCGACCUAAACGUCCGUCAAUAUCAAAUCUUAAUUGUAUAACAGAAAAUCAAUCAACUCCUCAAAUACGUACUGAUCAACCGGAAUCGACUGAUGGUGAUGAAAAUGGAUUUGGUUCACGUCGUUCGAGCGGCAUGGAUGAUCGAAGACCAUCACUUCGUCGUGUUGAUCAAGAAGGUUUACUUAAAGUUAGACGAGACUCGAAAGCACGUCGACCAUCAUUAUCUGAAGUAAUACCGGAUUGGCCAGCAUUACAAAAAGUCAAACGACCAGAAAAGGAAAAAGAAUCAUUUUUUGAACCGUUACAAGAUAUUAGAUGUAACGAAGAAGAUAAAGAAGUCACAUUUUCGUGUAGUUUUUGUAAGCCAAGUACACGAUUACGAUGGCUUAAAAAUAAAGUGGAAAUUUUUCAUGGUUUAAAAUAUCAUUUUGAUUCCGUUGGUGCUAAACAAAAAUUAACUAUCUAUAAAUUACAUCCAGAUGAUUCAGGAAAAUAUUUCUGUCGUGUUAAUGAUAUUGAAACAUCUGCAUGGCUUGAAGUUAUACCUGCUAAACCAUUGUAUGAUUUCUAUAAAGAAUUACCGACGAAAAUGGAAGUAUUUCGAACAAAACCAACUAUACUUGAGUGUCAUGUUAAUGAUCCGAAUGCACCUGUUAAAUGGUAUAAAAAUGGAAUCCCUCUUGAUCUUGAACGCGAUAAACGCUUCAAAUAUCAUCAAGAUAUGACACGAUGUAUCUUACGUAUAUUCAAAACAACGAAAUCUGAUGAAGGUGAAUACACUUGUAAAAUUGCUGAUGAUCGUGGAUAUAAAACAUCUGGUUAUCUUUACGUCGAAGAACCACAAUGGCGUUUUGAAACAAAACUACCGCCAACGAUAGAAACCGAUGAAAAUAAUAAAGUUGAACUUGAAUGUAGUGUACAAGAUGAAGAUGCCGAGUGUGAUUGGUAUGCCAAUGGCGAAAAAAUUCUACCGGAUUUAAAUCCAGAUAAAUAUGAAGUUAUAUCCUAUGGAAAAGUUCGUAAAUUAGUUGUUAAAAAACUACAUCCUGUUUAUGAUAAAGGAAAAUAUGAAUGUAAAACUGGUGUUAUGACAACUUCAUGUGAUGUAGAAGUUCGCCCUGCACUUCGUAUUGAACAAGGAUUAGUAGAUGUUGAUACAAUCGAAGAAGAAGAAGUUACAUUCAAUGUUCUUUUAAAUAAACCUGAUUCACGAGGCAAAUGGUUUAAAGAUGGAAAAAUGAUUUAUCCAGAUCAAAAUACGAUGUUGACGAGUGAAAGAACUAAAUAUCGAUUAACAUUAAAAAGUGUCGGUUUAAACGAUGCUGGAGAAAUUUCAUUUCAAUGUGGUGAUGUCAAAGAUACUUGCAAGUUGACUGUUAAAGAAUGUGAUAAACCACCACGCAUGGAUACAAGUCGAAUUCCAAAAUCAAUUAUAGUUAAAGCUGGCCGACCAUUUGAAAUUGAAGUUCCAUUUGAAGCUUAUCCUAUACCGACGAUGAGUUGGAAAAAAGAUGGAAAAGAUCUUACAUCAGGCGCUGAUCCACAAUAUCAAAUGACAAUCGAUCAAAAAAGAUGCAAAUUAAAUGUUGAAAAAGCGAAGCGAGAUGACACAGGAAAAUAUGAAUUAAAAUUAAGAAAUCCAAAAGGCGAUGCUAAAUUUCCAUUCGAUGUUACUGUUAUUGAUCGUCCUGGUAAACCCGAAGGUCCCAUGAAAGUCAGUGAUGUAACAAAAGAAAGUUGUACUGUCUCUUGGAGACCGCCAUUAGAUAAUGGCGGAUGUCCCAUUGAGAAAUAUAUCGUUGAAAAACAAGAUGUUGGACGUGGCGGUUGGACACCUGCUGGCGACGUUAAUGGCGAUGCUACAUCAAUAAGUGUUACAAAACUUUCACCAGGAAAAGAAUAUCUAUUUCGUGUACGAGCCGUGAAUAAAGAAGGUGAAAGUGACCCAUUAGAAAACAGUAUAGCUACAUUAGCUAAAAAUCCAUUUGAUGAACCAAGUGUUCCUGGUAAACCAGACAUAUCCGAUUGGGAUAAGGAUCAUGUUGAUCUCGAAUGGCAAGCCCCGGUGAAAGAUGGUGGUGCACCAGUCGAAAAAUAUGUUAUUGAACGAAGAGAAAAAGGCCGUGAGCCAUGGCAAAAAGGAGCUGAAAUUGAUGGACAACAAUGUAGAGGUGUUUGCAGUGGUUUAACUGAAGACAAAGAAUAUGAAUUUCGUGUUGUGGCCGUAAAUAAAGCUGGCCCGUCAGAGCCUAGUGAACCAUCAAGAGCCGUUAUUGCUAAACCACGUUUCUUAAAACCACGUAUUAAUAAAGUUGGUUUGAAAUCAGUUACUGUUAAGCAAGGUCAAACAAUCACAUUAGAAGCUCCAUAUGCAGCUGAACCAUUACCAACUAUGACAUGGCAACGGGACACCACUGAUAUUACACCUGAUGAUCGUACACAAAUAACACAAACAAACAAAUUAGCUAAACUUGUUAUUACUAAAGCAGUUCGAAGCGAUACUGGUCGAUACCUAAUUCGCUUAGUUAAUAGUUCCGGAACAGAAACAGCUGACUGUGAAGUUAUUGUCCUUUCACCACCAUCACGGCCACGCCAACCAUUGGCAGUGAAAGCAAUAACAAAAUCUAGCGUAACACUUGCAUGGACACCACCAGCCGAUAAUGGUGGAAAAGAAAUUACAAAUUAUAUCGUUGAAAGACGAGAUAGAAAAACAGGUGAUUGGGUACGUUGUAAUGAUCUAAUUACUGGUACAGAAAUAACUGCAACGAAACUAAAAGAAGGGCAUGAAUAUGACUUUCGUGUUAUGGCUGAAAAUAUUAAUGGUAUUUCAGAACCAUUAAUUAUUGAAAAACCAGUACUAAUCAAAAAUCCAUUUACUGAACCGGGUCAACCAGGUACACCACAAUGUGUAAAACGUGAUCGUGAUAGAAUUGAACUUAAAUGGAAUCCACCGAAAAGCGAUGGCGGUAAUCCAAUCAAAGGAUAUCAAAUUGAACGACGAGAAAAAGCAGCAAGGAAAAGAGAAUGGACCGACGUCAAUCGUGGUGAAUUACAAAAAGAUACGAAUUUUGUCGAUGACAAUGUUACACCGAAUAAAGAAUAUGAAUAUCGUGUAACAGCCAUUAAUGAAGCAGGUCCAGGUGAACCAAGUGAUUCAUCCGGUGGCAUUUUUGCUAAACCAGAAAACGAGAAACCUUCAUUUGAUCUUAGUGGUCUACUUGGUUCACUUGGUAAAAAAGAAAUUCGUGUUAAAGCUGGUGAACCAUUAAUAAUCAAUUUACCUAUUGAUGGAUCACCGAAACCAACAGUGACUUGGUCAAAAAAUGGUGAACCUAUACAACAAACACGAGAUACUCAACUUGAAAGCGAUGAUUGUCAUACUAAAUUACACAAACCAUCAGCAAAACGAACUGAUACAGGAAAAUAUACAGUUCAGUUGAAGAAUGACUCUGGUGAAGAUGAAUGUGAUAUUGAUGUUAUUGUAUUGGAUAAGCCAGGAAUACCUGAAGGACCAUUAGAAACAACCGAAACAACAAAAGAUACUGUUUCACUGCAAUGGAAACCACCAAAAGAUAAUGGUGGUGGUAAUAUUUCAGGUUAUAUUCUUGAAAAAUGUCCGGAAAAUUCUGAUAAAUGGGAAAAAGUUCCUGGUAUAUUUACACAACCAAAAGGAACUGUUAAAGAUUUAGAAACAAAUAAAAAAUAUAAAUUUCGAGUUAAAGCUGAAAAUAUCUAUGGUGUAGGUGAACCAUUGGAGACAACAUCGAGCAUAAUUGUAAAACCACCAUAUGAUCCGCCUGAUGCACCUGAUACACCGGAAAUUGCAGACUACAAUUCAAAUUAUAUUAAACUUAAAUGGGAAAAGCCAAAAAAAGAUGGUGGAAAUCCAGUUACCGGUUACAAUAUUGAAAUGCGUGAGAAAGGUCGUAACAAUUGGACACCAUGUAAUACGAUUCCUGUGAGAGGCAAAGAAUAUACUGCAUCAAAUGUACGUGAAGGCCGAUCGUAUGAAUUUCGAGUAGCUGCUGUAAAUGAGGCCGGGCCAGGAGCGCCAUCAAAACCAACACAAUCACAAAAAGCUGAAGUACCGAUAUUUCCAGCUGAUGCUCCAGAUCAACCAAAAGUUGAUAAAAUCACAAAAGAUUCAGUAACAUUAUCAUGGAAAAAGCCAUUAAAUGAUGGUGGAAGUAAAAUAACUGGCUAUAUCAUUGAACAACGAACACCCGAUAGUUCUGAUUGGGCUGAAGUAGUUGAAAUACCAGCACGUGAUAAUUCAUAUACGAUUCCGAAUUUGACUGAAGGUGAAAAAGUUUCGUUUCGAGUUCGUGCUAUUAAUGAAGUUGGCCCUAGUGAGCCAAGUCGACCAACAGAUGCAAUUACUGUUCAAGAUCAACCAGAAAAACCAUCAUUUCUUGAUUUAACUGGUAUUAAAGACAUAACAAUUAAAGAAGGCAAAGAUUUUGAAGUACAUAUUCCAUAUAAAGCUAUACCAAAACCACAAGCAUCAUGGUCUAUUAGUGAUAAAGAUUUUGUUAGCGAUGAUCAUGUUACUACAAAAACAUUGGAUAAUGUUGUUACAUUACUUAAUUGUCAUGCUAGACGAGAAGAUACGGGUAUAUAUAGAUUAGUGUUAAAAAAUAGUGAAGGUUCAAGUCAAAUUCAAUUUCGUGUUAAUGUUCUUUCACCACCAACAAAACCCGAAGGUCCACUGGAAGCAAUAAAUGUGACACCCGAAGGGUGUACUUUAAAUUGGAAACCACCAAAAGAUGAUGGUGGUAAUGAUAUAAAAAAUUAUAUAGUCGAAAAAUGUGAAGCUGGAACAAACAAGUGGACAAAAGUCGGACCAUCUGUAUUAAGUCCAACAUGUGAUGUUAAAGGCUUAACAGAAGGAAAGAACUAUGAAUUUCGUGUUUCUGCGGAAAAUGAGAAUGGUUUUUCGGAACCAUUAAUAAUCGAUGCACCAGUUAAAGCUAAAUGGCCAUUUAAACCACCUGAUGCACCAGGUACACCAGAAUGUGUUGGACAUACGAGUGAUUCAAUAACAUUAGAAUGGACACGACCACAGAAUGAUGGCGGAAAUCCAGUGAAAGGUUUUAUGGUUGAAAAGAAAGAAAAAGGAACUGAUCGAUGGAUUCCUGUAAAUCGAGAGCCAAUAGCAGGUGUCGAAUAUACAGUACCAAGUCUAGUCAAUGGAAAAGAAUAUGAAUUUCGUGUAGCUGCUGUUAAUAAAGCUGGGCCAGGAGAAUAUGCCAAGACCGAUGGACCGAUUCAAGCUCGUCCCCCUGACGUAGUACCACGCGCAAUUGGUUUCAAUGCUUUUAGUCCAAAAGAAAUCAUUGUUCGUGCUGGUGAAGAUCUUAGAAUUCCUGUGCCGUUCAUCGGUUCACCAGUACCACAAGUCAAUUUCGCCAAAGGUUCUGAUGAUAUUAAACCUGAUGAAAAUACACAAAUUACCAUUAAGGAUGGAGUUGCUGAACUUUUUAUACCAAAAGUUACUGGCGCUGAUAGCGGUAAUUAUACAUGUACUUUAAAAAAUCAGCUUGGACAAGAUACAGUACAAAUGAGAGUUAUCGUUGUGGACAAACCAGACACACCCGAAGGCCCAAUAGCAAUCAGUGACAUAAAACCUGAUUCAUGUGUUUUAACAUGGAAACCACCGAAAAAUGAUGGAGGCUCACCAAUAAGUAAUUAUAUAAUUGAAAAACUUGAUCCGAAUAAAGGUGAAUGGCAAAAAGUAUCAAGUUUCUGUCGUGUCCCAUUUUAUGAAGUGACGGGAUUAACUGAAGGUUCAGAAUAUAAAUUUCGUGUAUCAGCUGAAAAUGCCUAUGGACAAAGUCAACCCUUGGAAUCGGAAAAACCGAUUAUUGCAAAAAAUCCAUUUAAUGCACCACAAGGUCCGAAUAAUAUUGAUGUUGCUAAUCAAACAGAAAAUUCAGUAACAUUGCAAUGGAAUAAACCAAAAAAUGAUGGUGGUUCUAAAGUAACGGGUUAUCAAGUUGAAAUACGUAAACCCGAUAGUGAUAAAUGGGAAAUAGCAAAUGAUUAUCCUAUUAAAGGAACUGACUUUUUAGUUAAACAUCUUCAAAUAGGAAAACCAUAUGAAUUUCGUGUCAAAGCUAAAAAUGCUGCUGGUUGGGGAGAUUAUUCUACACUUGAAAAUCCAGUUACACUUAAACCUGAUAGCGUUCCACCAUCGUCACCAAGUAUGCCAGAAGUGAAAAAAAUCGGUAAAAAUCAUGUUGAAUUAGGUUGGACAGCACCAACCAAUGAUGGUGGUGCUAAAAUUACUGGCUACAUCGUUGAAAAGAAACCCGUUGGAGGUGAUCAAUGGACUAAAGCAUUACCAUUUACAGUACUGGAUAAUAAUGUAGUGGUUAGUGAUUUACCAGAGAAUGGUGAAUUUGAAUUUCGUGUUAAAGCUAUAAAUAAAGCUGGCGAAGGUGAACCAAGUUCAAGUACUGGCCGAGUUAAAAUAACUGAAUUUCCAAACGGACGAGCACCAACAUUUAUGAAAAAAGUAACUGACGUUAAUGUGCCAACUAAUAGCGAAGCAACAUUUACCAUUGAAUAUGAUGCCAAUCCUGUACCAGAAGUGAAAUGGUUCCGUAACGGUUUAGAAUUAUCAGCAAGUGGUCGUUAUCGUAUUCAUACGAAACCUGAUGAAUUAAAAUCAACAUUAACAUUUUCGGAUGUAUGGGAAAAUGAUAAUAAUUCUAAGAUCUCAUGUGAAAUUAGUAAUCCACUUGGAAAAGAUACUUGUGAAGCUCUAUUUCGUGUUAAAACUCCACCAAAAUGUCAGCGUGAGCCCGAUGAACAACGAGUGCCAUUGGGUGAAACAUUAAAAGUAAAAAUUCCAAUCAAUGGAAAAGGUCCGUUUACAUUUAAAGUUAAAAAAGAUGAUGAAUCGUUGCCUGAUAACGAUCGUAUUCGCGUCCAAGAGCUUGAUGACUUUAUUGUUGUUACAAUACCCGAUGUCGAAAGAGAUGACAGUGGUAAAUAUGUAAUUAAUGUUGCAAAUGAGUCGGGCUCAUGUAAUGUACCGUUCAAAGUAAAAGUUGCUGCUCCACCACUUUCUCCACAGGGUCCACUUGAAAUAUCAAAUGUUUCUAAAGAUCGUGCAACAGUUUCAUGGAAACCACCCAAAGAUGACGGUGGUAGUAGAAUAAUAGGUUAUGCAGUUGAAAGACGUGAUACAUCCAAAGGAGCUGAUGCUUGGAUACCUGUUACAAACAAUUGUAAAGACACAAAUUUUACUGUUCCAUCAUUACUUGAUGGACAUGAAUAUGAAUUUCGUGUUAUGGCUAUAAAUGAAAACGGUACUAGUGAACCAUUGCUCUCAUCAAAUCCAGUAGUUGCUCAACUUCCAUUUAAACCACCUGGUGCGCCGGGACAACCAGAAGUUGGUGAAAUCACCAAUAAUACUGCUACAUUGACUUGGGAUAAGCCUAUUUCAGAUGGAGGAGGUCCUAUCAAUGGUUAUUGGAUUGAAAAACGUGAAAAAAAUACUGAUAAAUGGGUUCCAGUAAAUAUGACGCCAUGCCAAUCGAAUCGAUUUACAGUACCAUCAUUGCUUGAAGAUCAUGAGUAUGAGUUUCGUGUUAUACCUGAAAAUGAAGCCGGAAAAGGAGCACCAUCUGAAGCAUCAAAAUUAACUAAGAUUAAAGACCCAAAUGCUGCAACAGCACCUGAAUUUAUUAAAAAAUUAAAAAGUGUUGAAGGUAACGAAGGUAAAACAAUACGUUUAGAAGCUGAAGUUAUCGGAACACCAAAACCAGAAAUUGAAUGGUACAAAGGAACUAAAGAACUAUCAGAAAGUCUUAAAUAUAGUAUAACUAGUGAAGGUGAUAAAUGUAUCUUAGUUAUCAAUAAUGCAACACCUGAUGAUGUUGAUGAAUAUAUUAUUAAGGCACGAAAUCCAGCUGGUUCAAGAAUGUGUCGCUGUGAUGUAAAAGUUCGAUCACCACCACGUAUUCGUUUACCACUCAAAUAUCAAGAUGUUCUCAAUUAUGAUAAAGGUGAACCUGUUGUUAUUAAAAUCCCAUAUACUGGUUGUCCACUACCAAAUGUAACACUAUCAAAAGAUGGAAACGAUUUAACCAAAGAUAAAAAUGUUUCCAUUGAUAUUGGUGAUCGUGCUAUUACUGUAACUAUUCGAAAUACCGAUAAAAACACAAGUGGAGCUUAUAAAAUAAAAUUAGAUAAUAAUCUUGGUGAAGAUGAAGCUACAAUACGUGUUAAUGUAGCAGAUGCACCUGAUGCACCAUCAAGUCCACAAGUAACUGAAGUUACAGAGGAUUCAAUUGGAUUAUCGUGGCAUGCACCGGAAAAUGAUGGUGGCAGUUUUAUAAAGAACUAUAUUGUUGAAAAACUUGAUCCUGACACAGGGGAAUGGGUGAAAGCAGCAACAAGUCGAUCACCUCGUUGUACUGUCCAAAAUUUAACACCCAAUAAACCAUAUCAAUUUCGUGUUGUUGCCGAAAAUACACAUGGAGCUGGUGAACCCUCUCAACCAUCGAAACCAGUUCAAACCAAUGAUUCUGAAGCGAAUCGUCGAAAACGUCUUGGCAAUGAUGAUGAUGCAUCACGGCAAAAAAAUAAAAAUCUACCAAAAUUAGAUAAUUAUGAUCGAUGUUUCUGGGAUAUUUGGGAUAAAGGACGUCAACCGCAACGAGCGACACUAAAAUAUGGAAGUAUCUAUGAUGAUUAUGAUAUACUCGAAGAAAUCGGACGUGGUGCUUUUGGUGUUGUUCAUCGUUGUAUUGAAAGAGCGACUGGUAAAACCUAUGCUGCAAAAUUCAUUCCGACACUAACACCAGCCGAUAAAGCAGUAGUUCGUCGUGAAAUGGAAGUUAUGAUGGAUUUAAAUAGUCCGAAAUUACUUCAUUUACAUGAUGCAUUCGAAGAUGAAAAUGAAAUGGCUAUGGUUACUGAAUUUAUAGCCGGCGGAGAACUAUUUGAUCGCAUAGCCGAUCCAAAUUAUAAAAUGACUGAAGCUGAAGCUAUUAAAUAUAUGAGACAAAUUUGUGAAGGUCUCAAACAUAUGCACGAAAAUAAUAUUGUUCAUUUAGACUUGAAACCGGAAAAUAUCAUGUGUGAAACUAAAAACAGUACAAAUAUAAAAAUAUGCGAUUUUGGUUUAGCUUCAAAACUUGAUCCAAAUGAAGUUGUGAAAGUUAGCGCAGCAACAAUUGAAUUUGCAGCACCAGAAAUUGUUGAUCAUGACAGUGUUGGAUUCUAUACAGAUAUGUGGGCAGCAGGUGUUCUUGCUUAUGUUAUUUUAAGUGGUUUAUCACCAUUUGGUGGCCAAGAGGAUAGUGAUACCAUGGACAAUAUACGUAAAUGUGAAGUUCAUUUUCCUGAUGAGGUAUUCGGAGAUAUUUCUGACGAAGGAAAAGAUUUCAUACAGAAACUUCUAUUGAAAAGCAAAAAUGCUCGUAUGACGGUACAUGAUGCACUUGAUCAUCCAUGGCUACGCGAAGAUCGUCCAGAAUUUGAUACACGUAUACCAUCGAGUAGAUUUGAUAAUAUGCGUCAACGUAUUCGUAAUCGAUAUCCUGACUUUCCUGACCCAACCAUUGGUCUUGGUCGUAUGGCUGAUUGGAGUUCACUCCGAAAGAAUAAGCCACAAGAUUAUAAUAUGUAUAACAGUUCCUGGGAUCGUCGAGAAGCUGCUCCCCGUUUUAUUCUCCGUCCUCGUAAUGCUCAUGUUUUAGAAGGAAAUAAUGCUGUAUUUGAUUGUCGUAUUAUUGCUGUAUCACCACCUGUUGUUUCUUGGUACCGCGAUAGCCUAGAACUUCGUCAAUCAACAAAAUAUUUGAAAAAAUAUGAUCGAAAUAAUUAUAAACUUGAAAUCAAACGUUGUUUGCCAGAUGAUAAAGGAGAAUAUAUUGUGCGAGCAGCAAAUAGUUAUGGUGAAAAAGAGUAUGCUGUCUUUUUAACUGUUGAAUAGGGAGAGAUGGACAACUAUUACUUGGGUUCAUCAUCGAUUUAUUCGAGCUUUUCGCGUGUUAUGUUUGGUGGUUCAUCGCGACAUCAUAAUUUUGAAACACCGUAUGCUUAUCGUGCACUCUAUCGGCAACGAUUAUUUCAGCGACCACAUUCAGUUGGUCCAUCUUGUCUCCCUGAAACACCUCGACUUGAACAUCGAGAUGUUAGUUAUUCUCGACGCCCAGCACAUGAAGCGGAAGUCAGUUUAUGGCAUGAACCUGAUACAAAACCAGUAUUUUCAUUUAUGCUUCGGCCACGUCUUAUUCAAGAAGGCAUUGGUUGUAAAUUGAUUUGUUGCAUUAAUGGUAAACCUCAACCAAAGGUACAAUGGUUUAAAGAUCGUACUCAAUUGAGCGAUAACGAUACACAUUAUUUGACAUCAUAUGUUCAUGGUGUCUGUACCUUAGAGAUUACAGCAUGUGAAACAUCCGAUAAUGCGAUGUUUCGUUGUUCUGCUACUAAUCCAUUAGGUUCUGAUGAAACAAGUUGUUUACUUCAUGUUGAAGAACAACGUCGAACACGACGCGCUCAUUCAGCUCGACCAGGCGAUGAAGAUGCAUCACGCGGCGCAAGCCGAGCACGUUCACCAUCACCUAUGCGUGCAUCAGGUAAAGAUGCAAGUUGGCGCGAUAAAUUAACAGCUGGUGCUAAACCUGCACGUGAUACACUUGAUGUGGAAAAACCAAAACGUAAAGAACGUCGUGAUCCACCGAAAUUUAGCGAUCAACUCGCUGAUGUAACUGUUUUCGAAGGUUCUGCAGCUAAAUUUCGCUGUGAAGUUAAGGGCAAACCAACACCUAAAAUCGAAUGGUUGAAGAAUGGCGAGUCUUUAGUAGCUGAAUCCCGUAUUCAACAAUUAUACGAUGAGAAUGUAGCAACAUUAGUCAUCAAAAAAAUUAAAUUAGAUGAUAAUGGAGAAUAUAUUUGCCGAGCUACUAACGAUGAGGGUUCGGAUACAUCAAGUGCUCAGCUUACCGUCAAAGCUCAUAUACCAGGUGAAAAUGAAGAAGAUUAUGCUGCAACAUUCGCUCAAGAAGAUGAAGUAGCUGUUCAAGCUGAACCACAAGCAGCAAGUGAAGAAGCUGCUGUUGCUGUUGCUGUUGAAUCAACUGAAGGUGCUGUUAGUGAAAUAAGUGCUAAAGCUGAAGAACAACUUCUAUCAGAAACUGUUGCUGCAACGGAAUCGACACCAGCUAGUACUGAAGCGGUAACUGAAUCGGCACCAGCUGAAGCACCAGCUAGUACUGAAGCUGCACCUGCUCCAGCAGCAGAACCAGAACCAACACCUGCACCGGCACCUGAACCAGAACCUGUUAAGCCAGCUGCAGGCAAAGCUGCCGCAGGUAAAAAACCAGCAACACCAGCUGCACCUGAAAAGAAACCAGUUGGAGCUGCUGCAUUGAAAAAACCAGAACCAGCUAAGAAAGUUGAAGAAAAAAAAGAGCCUGCUGGAAAAAAACCUGUCGAUAAUAAGACAAAGAAACCAGCUGCUGACGAAAAGAAGAAAGAAGAACCUGAACCAAAGAAGAAAGACGAACCUGAACCGAAGAAAGACGAACCUGAACCCAAGAAGAAAGAAGAAGCAGAAGAAGCACAAGAAAAACCUGCUGAAGUUAAACCAAAAUUUGUUAAACAUAUUAAAUCGCAAAAUUUAAUGGAAGGAGAUCCAUUAACACUUGAUUGUGUUGUUUUAGGUGGUAAUGAAGCAGUUGAAUUAACAUGGUUACGAAACAGUAAAGAAAUCCCAGAAAAUCCGGAUUUUCGACGAGAACGUGAAGGAAAUUCAUUUAAAUUAGUUGUUGCUGAAGUAUUUCCUGAAGAUUCAGGUGUCUUCUCCGCUUUAUUGAAAAGUGAAAUAAUACCUAAUCCACGUUUCUCAUCUUGCUCAGUCAUUAUUCAAGCUCGUGACGAAGAACCACUUGAUCCAUGCGUUGGUCAGUUUCCACAAAGUAUUAGCACAGAAGAAGGUCAUAAAGCCAAAUUUUCAUGCGCACUUUCUGGUACAACACCCAUGACUGCUGAAUGGAGUGUGAAUGGUAAACAACUCGAUCGUCAAUCAAGUCGAUUCGUAUUUACGGAUAGUGAAAAAGAAUUUUCACUUGAAAUUCCUGUUGUUUUAGCAACGGACGAAGGUCAAUAUCAUGUCACUGUUGCAAAUGAUAAAGGAGAAAUCACGGCUGCAUUCAGCUUACAUGUCGAUCAAUCGUGA